GUCAUAUAAUCAUGAGCCGGACACCGGAUGCCCGGUCGCGAGAUGUUGAGACUCGUAAAAUCCAAGAGAGCAUCACCAAUGUAGAAAAAUACUUUGGAGAAAUGUGCCAACUGUUUGCUGGCUAUGGACGUAAAGCUGCGAGGUUGCGAGAUAAAGGAGAUCUUUUGGUGAAACUGAUUGGCCAGUAUGCAGACACUGAAACACCAAAUCUGAAAAGGGGACUGAAGCAGUUUACAGACAACUUGGCUAAGGUUCAAGACUACCGCAAUGCUGAGGUGGAAAGACUGGAAGCCAAAGUCAUCGAGCCAUUAAAAAGUUAUGGUGCUGUAGUACGAAGACACAGGGAAGAUCUAAAAUCAACACAGAAUGCCAGAGAGCGAGAGUCCAAACUAACGGCUCAGCUUGAGAGGGCUAGACAGAGAAACCCCUCCGACAGACAGAUCAUUGUAUCCUUAGCUCCAUUUUUGCUUGUUCUUGCUGAAAGUGAGCUGCAGAGAGCUACAAUGGACGCCACCAGGAUCACCAGGCUCUUGGAAGAAACUAUAGAUGAUUUUGAGAAGCAGAAAAUUAGAGAUAUUAAGAAGAUCUUUGGCGAAUUUGUGGUCAUCGAGAUGGGGUUUCAUGCUAAGGCCUUGGAGCUGUACACUUUGGCCUACCAGAGUAUUCAGAGUGUGGAUGAGGAGGCAGACCUGGAGGUGUUCAGGACCACACUGCACCCACCAGAAUACCAGUCCCGCUUAGACAUAGUGCGAGCUCAUUCCCAAAUGUCUCUCAAUCGCACUGAGUCCUUCAUGGGAACCUCAGGGUCCACACAGCAACAUCGUGCUAGUCUUCGACAGAUGAGGAAAGAGGAAGAGGACGAUGAGGAGGAUUCUGAUGACGAGUCAGAGGAGGAGUCAGAGGACAGUUAAUACUUAUGUUGUGCAUUUAAAUCAACUUCAUAUAACUCACUACUCGUUGCCAAAGUCAGCAGUAUUUUCGUUAUUUAGUACUUUAAAUUGUUAUGUUUUACACAAUGUAUGCCAUUCUGUUCUUUUAUAACAUUGUGAC